UUGGUCUUGAUCAAUACUAGCUCAUGCAAAUGCAAUCUCAAGAUAAUAUGUCAGAUAUCAUGACAUCGUUUAACUUUAUGAACCAGCUUCAACAACACUUCCUAGACCAGUCCGAGCUUCUUUAUGAACCCAUUAUGAUCUAUCCGGAUUUACCAUUGGUGUUCACAAAUACCAAUAAAUUUGAUGAAAUAAAUUCGUACCACACCUUCAAUCCUAAUGCAAUUGACUUGGCUGAACAAGAAGAAUUAGAGCUUCAAAAAAACCUUGUGAAGGAUGUGUUCUUUUCUCCUGCCAUGAUGGAUUCCUGCUCUCAGAGUGAUGACGGACAGAGUUCAGUCUCUGAUAGCUCACCUACUUAUGGAGAAGAAGCUCCAGAUCAGGUGCUAUUCUUUUAUGGGCUUGAUUUAUCUACUGAAUAUGAAGAUGGACUGGGAACCACAUCAACAAAUCGGAGAACCAAACAAGCCGUGACAGCAACAAAAAAGAAGCAUACAAAGACUUGCAACGGUGAUCUGUCAAAGUUACUAGCAAACAGCCCCAAAAGGCCCAGAAAGACCUCGUCAAAUUCAUGUUCUGACUUAUUACAACCUGAAUCUAGCCAAAAAAAUGAAUACGACGAAUCUGAUAAUAAUGCUGAAUUAAUGCCAAAUAAUAAGCCUCGAUUUAUUUGCUCGCCAUCUAUCUAUCAAAAAUUAUCCAAGCUUAAUAUUGACUGGUGCCGUUACUGUGGUACAACGGAAGGUGUAAAUUGGCGUCCAGGACCUUGGGGGAAAAGAACACUUUGCAAUAAACACGGAUGUGAUUAUAAAGGUUACGGGUUUGCUUGCAAAUUGCCCCGAUUAGAUUUAACCUCAUUUACGUCAGAAACCAUUGACAAAAGGUCACGCCCUGUACUACAAUCAUUCUGUUCUCAAUGUCAUUGUCAAGAAUCCUGGAAAGAAAAUGUGCUGGUACUUUGUGACGGAUGUCCUAAAGCUUAUCACCAGAACUGCUAUCAUGAUGGUUCGUUGACCGAUCAAUUUAUUCAAUCGGACUCAGCCUGGUAUUGUAGUAUGGAUUGUAAAGAAAAUUUGAGGCGUAAAAGAGUCGUUGUCGAAUUACCCCGUAAAAGAUUACCUUUAAUGCGUACGCCUAAAAAUGCAAUUGACCCUCGUUUACCACGCUAGAUUUUGUACAACAAACAAUUUGUAAAUACUCAAAAAGUAACAACUAUACCCGCGUACUGCAGUCACGUUUUUUAAUAUUUUUUUUUUCUUUCUUAAAAAUAAAACUUUGUUCUUUCUCAU